GAAUUAGCUAAAAAGAUGACAGCAAUGUAUCGUUUAGCUAAAGAACAACUAUCUCAACAAUAUCAUUAUGAUUUUGGUUUAAGGGCGUUACGCUCUGUCUUACUUAUGGCUGGUACAAUAAGACGAGAACAUCCAACUGUCAAAGAAGAUCAUCUGUUAAUGCGUGCAUUACGUGAUUCAAAUAUACCAAAAUUAAUUAAAGACGAUACACCAUUAUUUAUGGGACUUGUACAAGAUUUAUUCCCUGGUAUGGAAUUUGAAGCAGCUACUGUCCCACAAAAAUUGGCUGAAGCAUGUGAAAAAGUUUUAGAAUCACAUCGUUACACUUUAGUUGAUGAACAG